AUGGACUACGCCAUUCCCUGCAAUCCCUGCACUUCUAUCUACCAGAAACCCACACUCAACCGGCAAACCACUUGCCCAAAGAGCUUCGCUCGCCGCUCCAAUGUAACCAAAUGGCGCAUCAAAACGACGUCGGAGCUCCAAACGCCGGUGGGGGUCACCGACCGAGCCGGUAGCUACUCUCCUUCAAUUCCCACUCACAAAAUCACCGUUCACGACAGGCAACGAGGUGUCGUCCACCAGUUCCUUGUCCCAGAGGACCAGUACAUAUUGCACACUGCUGAGUCACAGGACAUCACUCUUCCAUUCGCUUGCAGGCACGGUUGUUGUACUAGCUGUGCUGUACGUGUGAAAUCUGGACAACUUAGACAGCCUGAGGCGCUAGGGAUCUCUGCUGAAUUGAAAUCAAAGGGGUAUGCACUUCUUUGUGUGGGCUAUCCAUCGUCUGAUCUUGAAGUAGAAACACAGGAUGAGGAUGAGGUGUAUUGGCUUCAAUUUGGGAGAUAUUUUGCACGGGGACCAAUUGAAAGAGAUGAUUAUGCGUUGGAGUUAGCAAUGGGCGAUGAAUAA